CAUCGCUGUGCCUCCCUCAGACAGCCACACUCCAGGACAGAGGAACUGGGAAGCCUGAAGACAGCUGCGGACAACUCUGGAGCCUGGAGGCCAUCUUAGCCCGGUGUGGAAGCAGAGAGCUACCAUGUGCACAGGGAAGUGUUCAAAGUGCAUUGGGAUCACCCUGUUCCCACUGGCAGCAUGUGCCAUAGUCUCCAACAUCCUCCUGUACUUCCCCAAUGGACAAGUUCCACAGCUCGGCGAGAUAACUGAUGUGGUCUGGUUUUUCCAUGGCAUUCUGGGAGCUGGGAUACUGGUUAUUUUGCCGGCAUUCAUGAUGCUGGGAGCAGGAGGAGCAGGAUGUUGCGCUAACCGAUGUGGGAUGCUGCUGUCAGUGUUCCUGGCCAUGCUGGGAUUUGCAGGAGGAGCGUAUUGUGCAGUCAUCUCCUCACUGGGGCUGAUUGGGGGUCCUCUGUGCGACACAGGUGACGGAGAAUAUGUUUACCCUUUCAGGAAUGACACUCUGGAAGACAAUUAUUUGUUCAACCAGACAACAUGGAGCAUUUGCAAAGAACCUGAAAAUAUCAUCCUUUGGAAUAUCAUCCUUUUCUCUAUUCUUCUGGCCAUUGGUGUGGUUGAAGCUAUUCUUUGUUUUAUUCAAGUCAUCAGUGGACUUACCAGCUUCAUAUGUGGCACAUGUAUGAGGAAAAGAAAGACAAAUAUCUCUGGAAUGUGAACGACCUACAGGGUGUGCCAGGAGAAGCCCCAAGCUGCCAAUCCACAUACAAUAAGGAUAGUGCACUGUGCUGUAUUUAUGGGGGGAUGACAAAGAAAGUCCAAAAUCUUCAGGAGUUUCAUGGGGAAAAAAUAAUUUUUUAUAAAGAAGUCAGGGUGGAAAAAGACUAGAUCAUAAAGAGCCAAGACUCCAAAUUUUCAUCUCUCUAAAUACUCCUGUUAAAUCUCAGGUAUUGGUGAAAACACUAAUCUGUCUGGUCCUGACUGCCAUGCUUGUGCAUAAAACACAAAGGUCCCCAGGUCAAAGCUCACCACUUGCCCUCUUGUGUAUAUGGGAAACCGAACUGUUGCUAAUGUAUGCAUUUAGCAGCUGCAUGAAGCAGGCACCCUCUGACUAUAUGUAAAUAACCUCCCAUCCCCUCCAAAUCCCACCUUGAGCUCACUUGUUUCUUCCUAUUAACUUGCUACCCAGGCACUCCCAAAUUUAAAUUAGAAUGAGCAGAGAAUAUAUCAAGUGGCAAUUGAAGCACCCGGUUUUCAGCCUCCCUCAGCCACCCUGGAGCCAAGCCCCUUGUGCUCAUUUGGCAGCUUGCUAUCGUGUUCACCAAAGUCCAGUGCACUUCUACAUCAGUUCUGCAGGAGCAUCUGAGAGAUGUGGUAGCCCUGGAGAGGCAUCUGAGUCAAUAUAGACAGUAGGGUUGGAGCAAGACUUUAACAAUGUCCAGUUUAACUAAAAGGAGGAAAACCUCAGCACAAAUUUUGCCCUCAUGAGACUCCAUAAGAGUCUCACUAAUUUCCACACAGGUCAAUAUGGCUAUUCUAGAAUAGACCACACAGUCAAGCAAUUAACUGGUAAAGAUAAACUUUAAAUUGAUAAAGGAAGUAAUUAUGUGCCGUUUAGUAACGAAUAAGAGAUAUAAUCUGAAAGGCAACAAAUUGCGUCAGUCUUGGUGUUACAGCAACAGUAAUCCCAACCAGAAACUGCGUCAUUCCCCAUCAUCACUCAAGAUCAAGCCCUUAAUGCUAAAAUCCAUGACUGGCAAAUUUCAGAAACCCCAUCAUUUGAGUGACUUCCUCAAAGGUUAAUUCUUGGACAUGCCACUGACUUCCCUGAGUCAGCCAAACUGUGAGAUAAUCUUCAUCCAUCCUGAAGGCAUGUAUGCAGUAAUGAAAACCUGAAUAGAUUUAAAGCACUUGGAGUCUAUUUUUCAAAGAGAGACAUUUGUUUUUUCUCAGGGAAAAGUUGUUCAUAUUUCUGCAUUGUGGCAUGUGAACAAGUUAUUUGAGCACAGUUAUUGCAAACACAGCUGGUUGGUUGUGUUAUACUCUAAUGCAGUGCACAAAACCUUUUAUACAAAAUGGGGAAGUAAAUGUCAGCUAUGCUAAAAUGAGGAACAUAUGCACACUUCCUUGGUGCACAGCUUCACUCCUAGAAGCAGGAAAUUUUACUAUAAAACUUAAAAGCACCCUCUGUAAAAAAAAAAAAAAAAGCAUAAGACUUGCUGAAGUUUGCAAUCAUGACUAAGUGCAUCCAAACCUGCCAUGUGGCUUAAAAAACACAUGUUCAUUGUCAGCAGUUAAGCCUGGACAGUGUUACCAUAUAAAGUGGACAUCAAAAUAAAGCCAACUGAUUCAACCAGGAAAAGAGUCAAGGAGGCAGCCAGAAGUAAGGCUAUUCAGCGUGUAACCAGACCGAGAGAGACUCCUUCAUCAGCAGAGGGGCUCUGGGAGCUCUUCGCAGCCCCUAAAUAUCAGCCCUGCCCCUUUAGUUUUUUCUCCCUGACUCUCAUCUCUAUGAUAAAGCCAGUUUGGGCUGUGCCAGGACCAGGAGAGGGAGAAGUACCCGCUGUCACACACUACCUCCAGCACAGGAAGGGAAACGCACUGUACUGCUGCCAUCUGCUUGUUCCAAGCUGUCCUGCCCUGGGGAUCUUUAUGUCAUGUCUGUGUGCUAAUGGGGAUACCCUCUGUCCUGUCAACUGUGCAAUCACUGGCCUCACUGAUAUAUGUAAAUAUUAAAUAUUGUUAUUCUGAAGUUA